CUUUUAAUAGGUAAUCUAUAAAUAUUUAACAGUUAAAACACAUGUACACAACACAACCCAGAAUUUCCUCCUCCAGAUCAUUUUUGUACGAGGAAAUUUUGAUUCACGUGGUGUAAUAAUUCGAUUUAAGAAUCGGUUGAUAUAAAUUUAACGAAGAAAAAAUGAAGAUUUGGGGUGUUUGGAACUAAUUCUGCUUCUGCUUCUUUUUUAAAGCAGAAGCAGAAUCAGAAUCAAUUUUCAGAAGCUGGUAUCCUCACCUUCUAAAAAAACUGAUUCUAGGAGUAAAUUAGAACACCAGAAUCACUUCUGCAUUUUCACCCAAACACUCCAGCUGGUACCCCAGCUCCCUGAAGGAGCAGAAGCAGUUUUAAGAAUCAGAUCCUAACACCCUUUUCAUCCUCUAACAGUACGUAAAGCUGUGUCGGUAAGGUGAACACGAAUGGGCAUCAAAAGAAAGGCUAUCCGCUCAACACGUGCCGCCGCUAAGUAUUCGUUUGGACCCCGCUCCAAAUGUUGAAUUCUCUUCUCGUUCUGAACCAAAUCCAAAAUCCAAAAUUCCCCUGCACCCAAACAAACCCCAGCGAACAAAUGCAGAAUCUUCUUUCUGCUGAAAGCUUAAUUACACCAACACAGGAAAACCGAGAGGCGUUUAACUUUGGGCGGCCGCCGUCAUUAGAUGAUGCUAUUAUUUAUUAAUAACGUUAUUAGUUCUGGUCUUCCCAACCGUAUAUAUCAUCAAAUUCAGAUUGUUAUUAAGGUUAAUUGAUCGAGAACAUAUAAAUUAUCACCGGAAAUGGCCAUUAAUGAUGAUUUACCUGGAGCAGUUGGGACAAGCGCCAGCUUCGCUUUGAGAUUAGGGCAGGCUGUUUUCUCUUCUGCCUCUCUGCUCUUCAUGUCUAUAGGUGUUGAAUUCUACAGCUAUACCGCUUUCUGCUUCUUAGUGACUACCAUGGGUUUGGUCAUCCCAUGGAGUGUUACUCUCGCUCUGAUUGAUGGAUAUUCAGUAUACGUUCGGUGUCCGGUCCGGCAACCAGGAAUACUUCUGGUCAUUGUUUUAGGAGAUUGGGACAGGCCUUAUCAAUCCUCACACUAGCUUCCGCUACCUCAACUGCUGCCAUUGUUGAUCUCUUCUUAAGAGCAGAUGGAACUCCAUGUCCUGCAAAGCUUUGCAGUAGAUACCAAAUAUCAGCCGCCAUGGCCUUCUUCACUUGGUUUCUUUCCAUGGCUUCCUCACUUUCCAAUCUUUGGCUUCUUCCUUCUUUGUUAUAACCCCCCUGUACAUAAUUAUAAUUAUCAUAUAAGUGCAGAUAGGUUUUCCAAUCUCAGGAGUUUGCAUUGGAAAUGAUCAUUGUGCCAAAUAUUUACACCUAAAUGCUACCUGAGAAAUUUUCCCUUCUUUUAUAGAGUAUAGGAUAUAUUUGUUGGAUAUCUACAGCAUAUAGGUCAAACAAUUAUGCAAGAUUAGCUUUGUUAACAAAAAAUUAUUCAAACAUGUUAGAGAUGUACAAAAACAUUAAAGAUCUGGUUAUUACAAUGAAGAAUAAUAUUUUUAUCACCU